UUAGAAUCCCAAACGCGGAUCUGACGCGACGCUGCGCGCAGCGGAGACGGACCAAAACAACGCGAAAAUACGUGAGGAACCAUGAGUGAAGCUGCGGAGGAGGCGAUGGACGGGUCACCUGCAUCUGGAGAAGAAACCGACCACACACCCAAGAAACAGCCCAGUCCAGACAAGCCCUCCCUCUGGGGAGUUGGUGAGAUCAUCGAAGGGAAAAGAGCGAAGAAGAGUGUGGAGCGUUUGGACAUGCAGGUCCCCAAAAAGCCAGUCAAACUGAGCAUCGGAGAUGGCAGCGGAGAGAAACUCGGGGACAUCCCUCGUACAAGUCACCGACUCAACAAGAUGAAACCUGUCGACCUGGUGCCUCUGCACAAUCUGCUGUUUGACCGGCGAGGAAAAUUGUCAUUGAUAAAGAAGAACCUUCGUCAAUUUAAUGGAUUUCCCUUCGACGCCGACAGUGAACAGUUCACCAAGAAACGGGACAAACUCCAGAAAAACUUCACAAACACAAAGCUGAAGUUUGUGUGUGAGGUGUUGGACCUGGAGAAGAAAGGCACUCACGCAGACCUGGUCCACAGGAUCAUGAUGUUUCUGGUGUCACCCAAAAGCAGCGGAAAGAGAUUGCCAAAAAAGAAAAAACGUUCGAAGAAGAACCUUUCGGGUGACGACUCAAAACCCAAGAAAAACUCUAAGAAACGAAACGGCAGCAAACAGAAACCAAGCUCCAACUCCAGCCCCAAGAAGAGCAAAGCCAUUGUCAUGGACUCAAGCAGCGACGAAGAAGAGGAGGAGGAGGAGGAGGAGGAGGGAGAGGGGAGGAAGACAGAGACUGAGACGGACGGAUCAGAGGCAGGGUCUGGCGCAGAGUCUGGGGAUAAACAGGAGGAGGAGCAGUCUGAGGAUGAAGAGGAUGAAGAGGAGGAUGAAGACGAGUCUCCCAAACCUAAAGCCCGAGGGAAAGCCAAAAUGUCCGCUCUUGUGAAAAAGACAAAAUCCCAAACAAAACCCGUGAAAAAAAGGAGCAGGAAGGAAGCGACGGGCUCUGAGUCUGAGAGCAGCGACAACCAACCCCAGAAGAAAAAGUCCAAACCAGCACCGAAGACGAAGAAGGCGGACAGCAGCAGCAACAGUAAAACCAACAACACAACGGCGGACGACAGCUCUGAUGAAGACCAGCCGCUGAUUAAAAUGGUCAGGAAGGCUCCAAGUGACCAACAGUUAAAGGAGACUGUGCAGAGUUUACUGAAGGAGGCUGAUCUAGAGGAGCUGACCAUGAAACAGAUCUGUCAGAAGGUGUUUGAGGCGUAUUCAGAGCAUGACCUGAGCAGCAAAAAAGACUUCAUCAAACAGACUGUCAAAUCUCUGAUCACAUGAGGAAUCUCCUUUUUUAGUUUUUCUCAGCCUGUUCCAAGUUCCUCAUCUCCCUCAAUGAUCCGUUUUUAAGACUUUUGCUUUUUAUUGGUUUGUAAAAUAUUGAUGAUGUGUUGGUUGUCACUGGCUUCACCUGCUCCGUGAGUUUUUCAGGUCUAAAACAGAACUAUGUAAAUAUGUUUUGAUAAAAAUAUUUUUGAAAAUGUUGAAUCUGUUGCUGCUGAUUUGGUUUGAAGUUUAACAAAAUAAACUUUUCAACAAAA